AUGGCUCCUGGACCCCGACCUUCUACAGCUCCAGAGGUGCUUGUAGUCGGUGCUGGCCCUUCGGGACUGGUAGCAGCAUUAUCACUCUUACGAAACGGCGUCUCCGUCCGCAUAAUCGAGAAGGAUCCAAGGCAUAGGUUAGGUCAGAGAGGAGCAGGAAUCACACCAAGAUCAUUGGAAGCUUUCAAAGCUCUUGGAAUGAUAGACCGGUUGAUGGACCGAUCCAUCCCCAUACCUAUGCUCAAGAUUCACGAUCUAUAUGGAGGCCUAGCGGGCGGGAAAAUCUAUGAAAUGUCUCCGUUCACCUUGCCCACACCCAAUGUUCCAUUUCCUAACAUUAUGUGUUUAGGGCAAAAUAGCCUCGAGGCACUUCUAAGGGAGGAAUUGAACAACUGUGGCGUUCCUGUAGAGCAUGGGACGGAAUUAAUCACUUUUUCGCAAUCCGCCGAUAGUGUUUGUGUCAAGAUAUCCAAAAAUGGGAUGCUUGAGCAGGCAGAGUACUCCUGGUUGGUCGGGGCUGAUGGUGCAAGGGGUGUAGUACGCAAGAUUCUUGGACUUACUUUCCUGGGGGAAACGAGCAACAUGAAUAACAUAUGUGUUGGAGAUUUGAUAGUGCAUGGGUUGGAUUCUCAGUUUUGGCAUAUGUGGGGUGAAGCAUCCACCAAUAUGAUAAGUUUGCGUCCUACGGAGGCAUUGCCACUCUUCAGCUUCAUCUUGUCUGGAAAAGACGUUGACCGAGAGCGACUGAUAUCAGAGGAGGGGUGUAUUCAACGUUUUAUUGCUGAUAAUAUCUCGGCGCCGGAACUUGAAUUCGGUGCUGUUACUUGGAAAUCCACAUACAGACCUAACGUCCGGAUGGUAAAUAAAAUGGGUGAAGGCAGAGCAUUUUUGGUCGGAGACGCCGCGCACGUACACAGCUUUACUGGUGCUCAAGGCAUGAACACAGGAGUUCAAGACUCCUUCGCUCUAGGAUGGAAACUCGCUCUCGUGCAUAGGGGUCUCUCUCCACCUUCUCUGUUGGCGACAUACGACGAGGAGCGUCUACCCGUGAUAGCGGAGAUGCUCAACCAAACGACCAGCCUACUCAACAAAAACCUUCGAGGUCAAGCUAAACCUUCUUCCUGGAGAAGAGACGGCAAUCUAUUUCAACUGGGUAUCAACUGUCGGUGGAGCAGUCUUGUUCUCGACCAGGGCAGAGAUGAUGGGCAGGUACGGGAAGCAAGUAGCUCUACCGGAUAUCCGAUCGAUCUAUACGGGGGAAACGAUGGCGACGGAGACAAGACGCUCAGAGCUGGUGAUAGAGCACCUGAUGCCGCUGGGUUGAGACUCGUUCAUGCGACCUUUCAUGGUAAAAACAGAGGAGAUCCCCAGCAAUGUCGACUUUUCGAUAUCUUGGACGCAGCUAUUCACACCCUCCUCUUAUUUAACUCUGAUUCGGAUCGACUCGCGUCGAUACUUGAUGUACUAGAAGAGUACCCAGAAGGUGUUAUCAGGACGGCAAUGGUAGUCCGGGGGGGCGAAGUCGUUGUCUUUUGUGGCGAACAACCAGAUUUUAUUCUGGAGGAUGGGGAAGAAUAUGCCUACACGACGUAUGACCUGGAAAAUGGAUGUGACAUCGCCGUAAUACGACCAGAUGGGAUUUUGGGAGCUAUUGUGAAAGACAAGAGUGGUCUGAGGGAGUAUUUUGGCCGCUUAUUCGUACAUUGGCAAUCCACUGAAGCACCCGCGAGUGGUGUAUGA